AUGGAUACCCUUCAGAACUCCGUGAUCACACCUCUCCAGCCAUACCUGGCACCCAUCGUGUCCGCGAUCCCCGAACCAGUCCACGAUGCCGUGAUCUCGCUCAUCGGCGCACCAUGCCACAACGCGCUCCUCCUCGAUCUCGACGUGACCAAAGACCCCGCCUGCACAACCUUGGCCAUCUCUAAGGCCCUGGGCAUUGCCAUUGUUGGAGCCAGUGCUAUUGUCAAAGUCCCUCAGAUCUUGAAGCUCAUCGGCUCUCGCUCCUCUGCCGGUGUCUCUUUCAUCUCAUACGCCCUUGAAACUGCUAGCUUGCUCAUCACCCUCUCUUACGGUGUGCGCAACCAGUUCCCCUUCAGUACAUAUGGUGAAACGGCUCUUAUUGCCGUUCAGGAUAUCGCGGUCGGAGUCUUGGUGUUGCAUUUCGCCGGAAGGACUGCUGCCGCUGCAACUUUCGUCGCCGUUGUUGCGGCGAGCAUUUACGCCCUGCUGUUCGACCAGACUCUCGUUGAUGCGCAGACCAUGGCGUACUUGCAGGCUGGCGCCGGUGCAUUGGGCGUGGCUAGCAAGGCUCCUCAGAUCUACACUAUCUGGCGCGAGGGUGGUACUGGACAGCUGAGUGCUUUCGCGGUCUUCAACUAUCUCGCCGGAUCUCUGUCCCGCAUCUUCACUACCCUCCAGGAAGUCGACGACAAGCUGAUCCUCUACGGAUUCAUCGCCGGUUUCUCCCUCAACGUCAUCCUCGCCACCCAGAUGCUUUGGUACUGGAACGCCCCUGCUCCCGCGAAGAAGCAGGCUCCUCGCGCCAAGGCCGUGGAGAAGACACCGGUCGCGCAAGCCUCGGGCGCAUCUCCCCGACCCGGCGCAAAGACUCCCACCACCCGCCGACGGGGUUAG